AUGCAGAAAACGGGCAAGAAUGUCUGCGUUCGCCGCUACGAACCAGGCUCGAGCAGCUCCAUAUCGUCCGUAAGCGACUCCAGCUCGAGCGUUGCCGAUGGCAAGUGGAAGACGGUGGUGAACAGGCAGGCAGGUUUGGCGACGAAAAUAAACAUCUGUUCUCUUGGCAAUGCACCGCCAAAUACCAACUUUGCCUCCUGGAACUUCGAUCCUGAUGCCGACAAGGCUAAGAAGAAGAAAAAGAAGGAAAAGCGGGCCAAACAGAAAGAGCGCGGAGUAGACGGUCAAAGCCAGACAGGAUUCCUGAGCGCCGAGCUCGCGGGCAUGGACACUACGGCAAUGCUGAAGACAACGCCGAACGAAGCAUCGGCUACAACGCCGAAUGAAGGAUCGGCUACGCCCGCCACGACCCGGCCUACUACAGCGUGAGUUCACCCAUAGAUCAUCUCGAGUUGAGCGUGCGUUCAAUUUCUAAACCGUGUCUUGAAAAAUGAAGCUUAGGUCAGGCAAUCUUGCUCGGGUUGGUCGAAAUAUGCGCU